CUGAAGACAGGGAAGCGAUUCCAGUGACUCAUUUUCCUGUCAAAAGGCGUCACCAUUGCCAUCCUUCCGAUAACCGACAUUUACCCAUGUGUGACAAUGAUUCAUCCACGUAUCUCAAACUAUUUUUCUCGAUGCCAUUUCUGGAUCUGCCGAGUUUAACACCAUCUGAGGGACUUGAAAGACAUUGAAAUGGCGGAUUUUGUCAAGGUCUACACGACCGUGCCAAAGCAGCUCUUGGCGCUCUUGACUAAUCAAUUGCCCUACUCGCUACCCCUCCUUCGACGCCUUCAGUUUACCAAGUUUGAAAAUGGUCUACGAGAGACAGCAAGAGUAAUACUGGCAGCGGAAACUCAACUUGAGGAUGGGUUAGACUUUCCGAAGAGAUUCACUGCGGCAUACAUCGAUGUCGGCGGUGGCCCUGAUACGCAAACGUGGAUCUACUCGACACUCGAGCAUCCAAAUGAUGCCGACCCCAAAGACACGGCCGUCUAUGAGAAGCAACUUCAUAAAAUAAUCGAGGAGAGUGUCGUCAUAGCAAAGGCACAUGGGCGCCCCCUCGUUUAUGGCGAGGCUGUCUUGGUCGGAACAUUGCACGACUCAGUCCGAGAUCUACUCUACAAGACAGGUCGCGUUCAAGCUCGUGAAACAGGGGCAUAUGACAAAUGGCUUUUCAAGUACGAGGAUCUACCAAAGGAUGAAACAGCUUUACCCGAGGGUAUGCAUUGGGGAACGGCGACUGACGACGAUUGCCGAGUUGUCAUCUCCCGAACAAAUAUCCCGAGAACAGUGCAAGUCCUCAGACGCAUGCCAAGCUUGGUAAUCAAGCUCGACGACGGAACGCCUGUCUCCUGGGCUUUUCUGGGGUUCGAUGGCUCACUAAUCAGCCUUCACUGCGAGGAACCGUAUCGUCGACGUGGUCUUGCCAAGACACUUGCUGCGAAGUUGUUUCGUGAAAAGUCUCUUGACUUUGCUGACGAUGGCUGGUGUUCUGCUGAUGUGGCGCCAGACAAUGAUGGAAGUCGAGGAAUGUGCAAGAGACUGAACGGAAAGCCGACCUGGAGGGUUUCAUGGGUGUUGUUGUUUGUCGGAGAGAAGCCGCCAAAUGAAACCAAUGGUACCAAGAACGCAUGAUGGACUCUGGGAGUUCUUGAGCGAGCAAAAGAUUUCUCUGGACGAAUGCUAGGUGCAUGGGUCACAGGCUUAGUGCCCAGGAACUGAACUUUUGUUGAAAACAGGCUCGGAUAGACGGUGCAGAUACACGGCUGAGAAGAGUGCAGAGUAUGGAGAGAAGAUAGAAUGAGGCCAGCAUCCCAAUCAAUUUUCGCAUUCUGGCUGAAUUAGUCAUGCUGCCACGCUAUGAUGCAUGCUACUGAAUCGUCAUUCACCCGGA